CGCGGGCAGGGGCGGCCGCAUCCCGAUGACUGGGCGCAGCGACAUGGAGCCGCCGGCCGCGUUCUCGGGCUUCCCGGCCCUGCCCGCGGUCGCGCCGUCGGGGCCGCCGCCGUCGCCGCUCGCCGCGGCCGAGCCGGGGCCGGAGCCUGAGGAGGCGGCCGCGGGCCGCGGGGAGCCGGAGCCCGCCCCCGCGCCCGGCCCGGGGCGGCGGCGGCGGCGGCCCCUGCAGCGCGGGAAGCCGCCUUACUCUUACAUCGCGCUCAUCGCCAUGGCGCUGGCGCACGCCCCGGGCCGCCGCCUCACGCUGGCCGCCAUCUACCGCUUCAUCACCGAGCGCUUCGCCUUCUACCGCGACAGCCCGCGCAAGUGGCAGAACAGCAUCCGCCACAACCUGACGCUCAACGACUGCUUCGUCAAGGUCCCGCGCGAGCCGGGCAACCCGGGCAAGGGCAACUACUGGACGCUGGACCCCGCGGCCGCCGACAUGUUCGACAACGGCAGCUUCCUGCGGCGCCGCAAGCGCUUCAAGCGCGCCGAGCUGCCCGCGCUGCCGGCCGCCGGCCCGCCGCCCUUCCCCUACGCGCCCUACGCGCCCGCGCCCGGGCCCGCGCUGCUCGCGCCGCCGCCCCCCGCCGCGCCCGGGCCCGCGCCGCCCGCGCGCCUCUUCAGCGUCGACAGCCUGGUGAACCUGCAGCCCGAGCUGGCGGGGCUGGGCGCCCCCGAGCCGCCCUGCUGCGCCGCGCCCGACGCCGGCGCCGCCUUCCCGCCCUGCCCGGCCGCCGCCUCCCCGCCGCUCUACACGCCCGCCCCCGAGCGCCUGGGGCUGCCCGCGCCGCGCCCCGGCCCCGGCCCCGGCCCCGGCCCGCUCCCCGCCGAGCCCCUGCUGGCCCUGGCCGGGCCCGCCGCCGCGCUAGGCCCGCUCGGCCCCGGGGAGGCCUACCUGAGGCAGCCGGGCUACGCGCCCGGGCUCGAGCGCUACCUGUGAGCCUCCGCGGCGGCCAGCCCCGCCCUGCGCGCCCCGUCCUGCCCGGCUCGGCUCGGCGCGCGCCUCGGGGACGGAGCGCGCCUGUGACACCUGGCCGCCCCCACCCCAUUCCCACCUGUGAGCCCCCUCGGGGCGCUUCCCCGGCGCUGGAUCGGGUCCCAAGUCCCAGAGCUGGAGCGCCACCAGCGAGGGAGCCCCGAGCCUUCGGAAGCCGGACUUUCGCUGUGAAGCCGCCUCCUCGACUGGCUGCUAACUUCUUCCGCCUUCCCUCGAGUUUUCACAACACAUUCGAGGUCAGACUUCUGGGUUCAUGACUCCAUUGCUGUCUUGCCUCCAUUUCCCCACAAGUUUGCCCCCACCCCCACUUACCUGUCUGCAAUUUUUUUUUUUUUUUAAACUGGGAGAGAGCGCCCCUUCUGCACAGACACACCUGUCUAUUUCAGUCCGGGAGGACAGUUCUUCGAGAUUUCUGAACAAGCCUUACCAGGGGCUCCUGACUGAAAGGGGGGUUAGUGGGCUGCCCCACCAUUUGGAAAACAUAGGGCUUAUUGGGUUAUUAUUUUUUUAAUUAAAGUUGGUUUGAUUAAAAAGAAAGAAAAAAUCUUC